CGCAAGCACCGUGAGCAGCUUGGCUAUCCGACGUUCCUACGCGGCAGCCAUGUUGGGGAGGUCGACGUUUUCGUCAAAAGCAAAGCGUGGACAUUGAAAUGAAAUUGUAACUUUCUCAGUUGUCAACCAAUUUUUACGACUUUGACGUUUUUUUGUCAAUGCCAAAGCGUGUGCUAUUAAUACAGAACAGUUUUCAAAUAGAGCCCAAACAUAUUUUUAGCUGUGAAAGCUAAUUCCCGUUUCCCUUGCUGUGCUUGUUCAACCUCGUUCUUUUGGUUUGAUUGCCGUCCACACACAGCGGAACGAGCUGCCGAUUUUGACCCGCCUCGCUUAGCGUCGCCGGAGGCACGCAGCUCAAAAGAGCCCUGUCCUAUUUACCCAUUCAUAUCUGUCGAUCCGAGCACGUCUCCAUGUUGUGCCUCUGAACGUACAACAGUCAACUUUUCUUCGGAUAUCCAGUGUUAUUCUGCUUCAUGGAAGGACACGCCGAAUCCAAAAUUCAACUGCUUCGUCGACAUAUCCAUGCAUUUCCGGACUUUCCCAAGAAGGGCAUCUUGUUUAGAGAUAUAUGUCCCAUCCUGAAAGAUCCAAGUGCCUUAACAGCAGUUAUUGACCUGUUUGAAGAGCAUGUGAAAAACGAAAAUUGGGAGGUCGAUCUGAUUGUAGGUUUAGAUGCUCGUGGGUUCCUGUUUGGGCCGCUUCUUGCCCAGCGUCUGGGAGUUGGUUUUGUCAUGGUCAGGAAGAAAGGAAAACUGCCAGGAGCCACUGUGUGUGUGGCAUACGAUUUGGAAUAUGGGAAGGCAGAAGCAGAAAUCCAAGAGGAUGCAGUGACACCAGGACAGAAAGUAGUGCUUCUUGAUGACCUUCUUGCAACUGGAGGUACUCUGUUUGCAGCAUGCGAACUACUGAAGAAACAAGAUGCGGAAAUUCAAGGCUGCAUGGUGGUUAUUGAACUGACAGAACUGAAAGACGUGGACCAAUGGUUAAGAUCAUCGCCUGCCACCGUGUGGGAUUUAGGUUCAAGACCCCGACUGGACCAUCCAUCAACAUCCCCCGGACUCACGGCUGCGGUGUCCUUGAGCAAGACACUGAUACCCCCAAAUGCUCCCCGGGCGCUUCAGCUGCCCCCUGCUCCAGUGUGUUCCACUAACGUGUGUAUGUGCUCACUGUGAUGGGUAAAAUGCGGAAAACAAAUUUCGUGUACAUUCAUGCAUGUUCAUGACAAUAAAAGGUGAUUCUUC